AUGGCUUUGCGUCGAUACUACUGUCUUCAGAAGCGUCUACAGCAGGAUCAACAGCUGUCUGAAGCCCUAAACCAACAAAUUGCAAGUUAUUUGGAAAAGGGUUAUCUGCGCAAGCUUUCUCCAGAAGAACUCGGAAUGUCCUUCCCACGGGUGUGGUAUUUACCCAUGUUUCCGGUAACAAACCCCAAUAAACCUGGGAAAACAAGGCUUGUGUGGGAUGCAGCGGCGAAGGCGUUCGGCGUUUCUCUCAACUCAGUACUUGUUAAGGGACCCGACCAACUGAGUUCUUUGUUCAGCAUACACAUCCAGUUUCGACAGUUUCGAGUGGGACUUACCAGCGAUAUAAAGGAGAUGUUCCACCAGGUGAACAUGCGACGAGUGGACCAGCAGUGUCAGCGGAUCUUUUGGCCGGAUGAGGACGGAGAACUGUCCGUUUACGUUCUCUGCGUAAUGACAUUCGGGGCAUGCUGCUCACCGAGUUGUGCGCAGUAUAUCAUGAACAUAAACGCAGAUCGCUUCACUGAUAAAUAUCCGGCAGCAGUCGAAACAAUCCACAAAAAGCAUUAUGUAGACGAUAUGCUGGACAGCGUCGAAACCGAUGACGAGGCCAUCACUUUGGCAAAAGACGUGAAGCUAAUACAUGCUGCCGGAGGUUUUGAAAUUCGAAAUUGGCUGAGUAAUUCCAAACGAGUCAUGACGGCGCUCAAUGAGAACAGCACAGCGGACAAAGACAUGGAUUUGAACAACGAGCUGGCAACUGAGAAGAUCUUGCAUCGUCGUCGUCGGCAGUCUAAAGUUACUGGACCGCUCACGAGGGACGAACUCCGGACUGCAGAACAUUAUCUAAUACGACAAGCCCAGCAAGACGCCUUCCCGGAUGAAAUUGCGAUUUUACGCAAGCACGAUCAGCAAACCGUGAGCUUGCCUAAAAGCAGUGUACUUCAUAAUCUGACACCAUGGUUGGACGCUGGUGGACUGCUAAGAAUGCGUGGGCGGAUCUCUUCUUGCGAAUAUGCUACAGAGGACGCCAAGAAUCCCAUCAUUAUGCCUCGCCAUCACCAUGCCACACGCCUGAUAAUCACCGACUAUCACCAUAAAUUCCACCACAUGAACCACGAAACCGUGGUCAAUGAGUUACGGCAAAAAUACCGGAUUCCUCGAGUAAGAUCCGCCUACUUUACUGUCAGAAAAUCCUGCCAGAAGUGUAAAAACGAUAGUUCCACUCCUCGACCAUCGAUUAUGGCUGACUUGCCAAAGGCCCGACUGGCUGCCUAUUCGAGACCAUUCACCUUCACUGGCAUAGAUUAUUUUGGCCCUAUCGAGGUCAUGACAGGAAGACGACGAGAAAAAAGAUGGGGCAUGAUCGCUACCUGUUUAACAAUACGCGCCAUACAUAUCGAAGUAGUGAACUCCCUUACCACUGACUCCUGUAUCAUGGCCAUCAGGAACUUUAUGUCUCGAAGCGGUAUUCCUCAAGCCUUUUACAGCGACAGAGGGACAAAUUUUGUGGGAGCAAACCGGACCCUGAAUGAAAUAUUUGAAGCCAUAGAUCACGAAGGUAUUAUGAACGAGUUCGUCACCACUGAGACCACGUGGCACUUCAAUCCCCCCACUGCACCACACAUGGGAGGCAGCUGGGAGAGGUUGGUGCGAACUGUUAAGAACAACCUACUAGCAAUAUGUCCAGCCCAAAGAUUGACCAAUGAGAUUCUACGCAAUCUACUGACGGAAGUCGAGAAUACAAUUAAUUCCCGACCGUUAACCCACGUCCCAGUGGAUGAUGAGUCCGCUGAAGCUCUUACGCCCAAUCAUUUUUUAUUAGGAGCUUCAAACGGUACCAAACCGUUGACGACGUUGGUGAAGUUUGAUGGAGCAGCUUUACGCAAGAACUUCUGUGCUUCACAGGUCAUUGCCAACAUCUUUUGGAAAAGGUGGAUUAUGGAUUAUCUGCCAGAUAUCACUAAACGGACGAAAUGGUUUAGCCACUCGAAGCCAAUCACCGUUGGGGACAUAGUUAUCAUCGUCGACCGGCGUUUACCAAGAAAUUGCUGGCCCAAGGGCAAGGUGAUUGCUACAUGCACCGGUAAGGACUCCCAGGUACGGUCUGCAACCGUACGAACAUCGAAUGGUGUAUACGAACGACCUACAAUCAACCUGGCCGUGUUGGAUGUACGGCGCGAAGAUCAGUAA